UCUCCUCUGUAUGUAAUGACUCCUCUCCUCUCCUCUCUCAGGACCCCAGUGAUCGCCGGGGGGAUCUUCGUCAUGGACCGCAGCUGGUUCAACCACCUGGGACAGUACGACACUCACAUGGACAUCUGGGGGGGGGAGAACUUUGAGCUCUCUUUCCGGGUGUGGAUGUGCGGAGGAAGCCUGGAGAUCCUCCCCUGCAGCCGCGUGGGCCACGUGUUCAGGAAGAGGCACCCGUACGACUUCCCAGAAGGCAACGCUCUCACCUACAUCAAGAACACGCGGCGUGCAGCAGAGGUUUGGAUGGACGAGUACAAACAGUACUAUUACUCUGCGCGGCCGUCGGCACAGGGAAAGGCUUUCGGCAGCAUCACAGACCGCCUGACGCUGCGGAGGAAGUUAAACUGCAAACCGUUCCGCUGGUACAUGGAGAACGUCUAUCCUGAGCUCAG